AUGGAUAUUUCUGUUCUGCCCAACAACAAUCACCCUGAAAAGUUCCUGCAGCUGGAUGUUGGCAUUUUGGAUGCUACCCAUGGCAUGUUCCAGCGGGAACAAACAACCCAACAUGGAAGAAAAAUUCCUCCGUACUCAGAGGGCAGUCCUGUGGUGUUUGUGGACAGAUAUCUGGAGAAGCACAUAACUCCAGUAACUCUGAAGUAUAACAUCAAAAGGAAUCCUCUUUACAUGGAUAUAAAAUCCAUCGACACGGCGGAUAAUGAAAGGUUUAAGCCUUCCUGGACCAUCAAAGAAUAUGACACACAAACUAUCCAUGGCAAUUUAACAGAUUAUUUGAAGGACACAAAAACACCCAAGGAGCUGGACUUUUGGCUUGAAGACCUGUACACUCCAGGAUUUGACUCUCUGCUCAAGAGAAAAGAAGCAGAGCACAAGAGAAAAAAACUUUCCAAAAUUAGCAGGGAAUUCGAUAUGGCUUUUCAUGGAACCAUGGUAGUGCUGUUUGGAGCCAAUGGAGGAUGUGUUGAAGGUUCUCAUCAAAUGAAGCAAGGCUCCUCUGCACAGAAAACCACUGGACUGGAACUUCAGCUCACUCGCUCAAAUGCAUAG